UCUCACCUUCCAGGCUCCGACAACCCAGGCACAGAGCAGCUACCGAGCGCGCAGGCUUUUUGGCCGGUGCAACCGACGGAGCAACCCACGGCAACCCAAGUUGCUGCUUCCAGGGCCGCUGCAGUCCAACGCAAUCCAUGCAACUUCCUAAUCCACCAGCACGGCAACAACGCACCUUGAUUCAACGACCCGGCCCUCUGUCCCGAUAACACUCACCACAUCCUGCUGCCGCCCCCAGUUUUCCACCGUGCAGCCGACGCCCGCCAUCAAACCCUCACUCGCUGCAUCCGCUCGACGCCCGCAGCCAUCGUUUUGAUCACGAGCUGCCCGGCCGCUUCCCGACCUUUGUGCCCUCUGCGGCCCGGUGUCGGGCUCCCGCGAGGUGGAUACCUAAAAACGAGAUUCCGCGAAUCCCUUCAGGCUCGGUCCUACCUGACGCCGCCAGUUCCAGCACGCCACAGCCGCAGCCGAGAUGGGUGUCUGCACAUCAUCAUGUUGCGGAGGGUCCGCCCGCGAGGGUCUCUACGAGCCCGCCCUUGCCGACAACGAGCGGGAGGCUGUCGCGGACCUCCUCACCUACCUCGAGCAUAGAAAUGAGACCGAUUUCUUUUCCGGUGAACCACUGAGGGCUCUUAGCACGCUCGUCUACUCCGAUAAUCUCGACCUGCAGAGGAGUGCUAGCUUGACCUUCGCCGAGAUCACAGAACGAGAUGUUCGUGAAGUCGACCGGGAUACGCUUCACCCGAUACUGUUCCUCUUGGCCAGCGAAGACCUCGAGGUCCAGCGGGCUGCCAGCGCUGCUCUGGGAAACCUUGCUGUCAAUGCCGAGAACAAGGUCAAGAUCGUUUCGCUCGGCGGACUGAGCCCCCUCAUCCACCAAAUGUGCUCUACCAACGUCGAAGUCCAAUGCAACGCAGUCGGAUGCAUUACGAACCUGGCGACGCACGAGGAGAACAAGGCGAAGAUUGCCAAGUCGGGCGCCCUGGGCCCUCUGACCCGACUUGCUAAGUCUAAGGAUAUGCGGGUGCAGAGAAAUGCCACCGGGGCUCUGCUCAACAUGACACACUCGGAUGAAAACCGACAACAGCUCGUCAACGCCGGGGCGAUUCCGGUCCUCGUCCACCUCCUGACUUCGUCUGACGUCGAUGUCCAAUAUUAUUGCACAACGGCCCUCAGCAACAUAGCAGUGGAUGCUACGAACCGCGCCAAACUGGCUCAGACAGAACCGAAGCUUAUCCAGUCUCUCGUCUCUCUGAUGGAGUCGUCAUCGCCCAAGGUACAGUGCCAGGCUGCGCUGGCCUUGCGCAACCUCGCGUCCGAUGAGAAGUACCAGCUCGACAUCGUCCGCGCCUCGGGACUCGUGCCUCUUCUACGCCUGCUUCAGUCAUCCUACUUGCCGCUCAUUCUCUCUGCCGUCGCCUGCAUCAGGAACAUUUCGAUCCACCCCCUAAACGAGUCUCCCAUCAUCGAGGAGGGCUUCCUCAAGCCCCUAGUCGAUCUUCUGGGCUCCACGGAUAACGAGGAAAUCCAGUGCCAUGCCAUCUCGACUCUUCGGAACCUCGCUGCGAGCUCGGAUCGAAACAAGGCACUAGUUUUGGAGGCUGGCGCUGUCCAAAAGUGCAAGCAGCUUGUCCUCGAUGUUCCGAGCACCGUGCAGUCUGAGAUGACUGCUGCGAUCGCGGUUCUGGCCUUGAGCGACGAUCUGAAGCUCACCCUGCUCAGCCUGGGCGUCUUUGACGUUUUGAUACCCUUGACGCAGUCCACCAGCAUUGAAGUCCAGGGCAAUAGCGCAGCCGCGCUGGGUAAUCUUUCGUCAAAAGUCGGGGAUUAUUCCAUGUUUAUCCAGUGCUGGACCGAACCCGCUGGCGGAAUCCAUGGCUAUCUUAGUCGGUUCCUGGCGAGCGGCGAUGCUACAUUCCAGCAUAUCGCCAUAUGGACACUUCUCCAGCUGCUCGAGUCCGAAGACAAGAAGCUCGUGGCGCAGGUGGGCAAAUCUGAGGACGUCGUCGACAUGAUAAAAGAGAUUGCCAACCAGCCCGUCGAUUCGGACAACGAAUAUGAUGACGAUGACGAAGGCGAGGUGGUCAAUCUUGCACAACGCUGCCUCGAGCUCCUGGGGCUUGGAUCCUCAAAGUCCCACAUCGAGGGCUGAGGAACCACGGCUGUACCUGUCAUCAUGCAAUCUGACAGGCCCCUAUUCACCCUCACUUUAUCUCUUUACUCACAUCUCAGUGUUCUCCACUUUGGCUAUCAUCCCUACGGCAUCCUCUGGACAUGAGGCGGGCACGGUGUUUGUGGCGUAUCCAGUCUUCUGUUUUCUUUUCUGUUCUAUCCUCCCCCUUUUUUUCCUUCUCAUGCUCUCUUAUUUUGUUUUCAUACCUCCGCCUGUGCUGGGAGUGUGAAGAUCCAACCCCUUUCUAUAAUAGUGCAACGUUUGGGCUGCCACUUUUAUAGGUGCGGAGAAGGUACAGUGGCCUCGAGCGUAGAAUGACCAGGCUGAUAUUUGUGCUCGGUCCGCCGGCAAACCUCUUUUCCUUUCUCCCUCUAUUUAUCCACCUUCUUAGCCCACCCCAUUUGUUAUCUAUCCUAUCGUUUCUGGACUGCAUACAGGAUGCUAUGAAGGCGGCGGGCCUAGUGAAUAUACUCUUUCUAGAUCCUCCCCA